AAAGUUGAACAAAAGACAUGCCAAAUGGAUGGAGUUCAUUGAGACUUUUCCAUAUGUAAUCAAGUACAAAAAAGACGCUGAUUUGAGGGCAAAUCCUUUGCAUGGGGGAGGGAAUGAUGUGGACAUCGAACCCUAUCGAGGAGGAGGUGCUAGGGACCCGUUGUUCUAUCCGCUAGGCCCGAUCACUCGAGCGAGAGCGAAGGAAUUCAAACAAGCUGUCGGCAUCAUGGUUCAAGAUAUUUGGAAUGGAGACAAUCUGGAUUCGAAACUUGAAGAUUCUGAAGCUCCUUGGCGCAACAUGAUUACUCUUGGUCUAGCAAAUUCCGAAGGAACUUAGAAUUGACAAACUCCGAAUUGGCUUAAAUUUGGAUUGACGCUUGGAAACGGGCCGCUGAUCAAUACUCAUUACUUUAGUAGUGAUUGAUGACGUUUUUUAGCGAUUUAGAGUCGUUUAGAUGAACUUUUAGGCCUUUUUCCAUUUUUGGACGAAUUUUUAGUAAUUAAAGUUAUUUUUGUAAUUUUAAUCUUA